GCUGAAAAAGAAAUUUACCGAUAGAGGUCCGCCAUGGGUGCCCAGUAUGUUUGUAAACUGGGUUUUUGUAUAAUUUUGUCAAAAUAUUAACAUCUCUAGUGGAUAUUAUUUGUUUUUAAGAAUAAUCGAACAUAGUAUAAGAUGUACUCGCCGUAAUAUCAGAAGUUGUUAAUUUUAAGAGAACCUUGUACUGGGAAUGGUAAUCAAAUUAUGGGGUUGUAUAUAUGUUGAUACAAUUUGACUGGAUCCAAGGAUGCAAAGCCUGGAGGCAGCAUGUGAGGAGGGUGAACAUUCGGUUAAAAGGUUUAAGUCAAGCCACCCCGUCUCACCUCUGCUACGCCCCCAGGAACCUUCGACAUCUGCAUCGGCUUCGACUUCUCAAGAAAUCACAGAAAAUCCUUGUGGGAAACCUCCCAUCGAUAUUUUCGCAAAACUUUUAGAACUGUACGAAGAAGAAAAUGGCGGAAGUAGCAGCGGAGAUGGAGAAGAAAGCGAAGAAGAGGAGGAGGAAAAAGAAUAUGACGAGAGAUAUGCCAAACCAAUAGAUAAAUUGAUAAAAUAUAAACCUCUGCUCUUAGAGAAACUCGUAGCUAAAGAAAGACUGAACACAUUGAUUUUAAAUCUUUAUCCUGGUAACAAAGGUUAUUCAUUGGCAUUCAGGUCAUUAUCUCGUACCGAUCCUAGUUAUACUGAAGAUACUGCCAAUAUGAUAGAAACCAAACUGUGGCCUUAUGAAGAGGACGAUCUUCUUCGAUACAUAGAUAACGAAGAACUUCCACCUUUUAUUGUAGACAUUUUAGAACAGCAGUUUAGUUACCUUUUUUACAGUGGGUGCAUCAUAGCUGAAGUUAGAGACUAUAGAUUGGCUUAUCCACAUUUCAAAUGUGAUAUUCAUCAUGUUCUACUUAGGCCUACGUCAAUGAGUAUUGUGGCUGAUAUAAAUAACAUAAUGGAAGAGAGAUCAGACUGGAGUAAUGAAGAAAAAGACCAACUCGAGAGCCAAAUAUUAAUGGCAAACACACCAAGCUUAUGUUUAGAGCCCGAUAGUUCUAUAGGCGACGAAAUGACAGCAAUAUACAAUAAACGUAGAAUAUGGGAUCCCCACAAAUUCAGACGAUUAUCUAAAAAAUUCUCCCAAGUAACUGUUAACCGCAAAAGGAAAUUGGACCAGUUUACUCAUAGGCCUGGUUUAGAAUUUUAUGAAUUUCUCACUAGAUCCAGAAACAAACCAAAGAUCGGUUCCUCGUCUAUGUCAACUAUUACUUCUAAAUCUGUAAGGAAAAGCAUAGAUGAAAUCAAACCAAUACCAGUACCGAAUUUAGAACCCCCACCUCUCGCCCCUCCACAAGAAGUCGUUAUUAACGAAUUUAAGCCCUAUCAGCGACCAAAAGAGACCAGCGACUGCUUACCCCAACUUAUAGAAGAAUAUAUUUUAGAGACAGACAUGCCUUCGAAGGAUAAAGGAAAUCCAAGGGUGUACCAUAUCAAGUUAUCAAUUCUGCAAAGACCUUCCGAUUCAGAGUAUUUAGGAGAACUUUACCUCGAUAGGGAUCACAAGAAAAACGAGCAAAAUGGGGUGGCUUGUAGGUUUUCUUUAGGAUCUCGUGCCAACGCUAAUCGAUACAUUUACCAAUUUACUGAUAUUUUCACGGAAAGCGGGAGAAAGUCUGUUAGAAUCAGCUAUAGGUCGAGUCCGGGGUACAAGGAAAGAGUAGCGCAGGCUCAGGCUCAAGCCCAAGCUCAGUUACGAGCUCAAAGUGCCAAUCAACCUAAUUUGCCUCAGCAGCAUUUACAGCAGUUGACUCAAAGUUUGCAUAAUCAGACGUCUACGCCUGUAAUCAAUGGAACUGUUGUCAACACCGUAGGUCUGCAGAAUCCAAUUCAAAGUACUUCAAAUGUUCCAAUUUUGCGAAGUCAUUUGCAAGGACCAACAAAACCGUCUACUCAAGAACAGGCUAUAAGUGCUUUGGCUACCAAACUAAUGAAUUCUGCACAGGAAUUCCAAGCAGAAAGUGCCAAAAAAGAACAACAACAGCAACAACAGCAGCAGCAACAGCAACAACAGCGCCAACAGCAACAACAGAAGUUAGCGAGUAGUAAUACGAUUAGUCCUCCUCAAAUGUCACCUCAGCAAAUUCAAACGCUAAACCAAAAAAUCUUAGCGCGCAAGAUGACCCUUCCGAAUGUAGCAAACGCGCGCGUUCUCAGUCACAAUAACCUAAUAGCUCUCAAUAAUAAUCGAAUGAACUUGCAGGAAUUGCAGCUGGGGCAACAGCAGCCGCAAACUAUAACUCUGACUUCAGUUAAUAGUAGCAACUAUCCUAGCUUUACUACGGUUCCUGUGAAACAACAAGUGGUUAAUCAAAGAAUCAUAGGUAGUAGUACUAGCGAUAGUAAUAAGUCUGCGCUAUCCGCGUUGUUAGUGGGUACACCGGCAGCCGAUAGGCCAGAUAUCGUAGGACCUAAUACGAAUUCGUUAUUAUUAGAAAAAUUAGGGGAUUCGCCGACUAGUUCGCAACAGACACAUUUUAUACAAAGUCCCAAGAGUAAUCAACAGUUUAUGGUACAAUCUCCGAAAGGGAACACUAUGUCGAGUCCUCCGCCUCAAACAGGCGGGACGAUAAACGUGCAGGGUCUAAACAUUGCCCAAUUACAAAGUAUACCGGGUAUUCAAGUUCAAUUGCAGGGCUUCGCUCAGCCUAUAUCGCUUUCGCUUAAUGUUUCUUCGACGGGAAAUAUCCAAGGACAUCCCACGAGUUUGAUAGUUUCUUUACCAGUUACUACUGCCACUCAGACUUCUAAUACGGUAACCCAGGCAGCCGGUAGUAGUAAUGUAAGUGGCGUGAACAAUUUGGGAGUGACUCCUCAGACUGUGGUGUUGGCCAACGCUGGUACAUCUAAUUUAGCUCAAUUGAUGACUUCAGGAGUGAAAGGAGUAACUCAACAAGGAAUCAGAACAACAUCGAGUCCGCAGACGUUGUCUCUAACCCAAGGUGGACAGCCGUUUCAACUGAUAACUCCCAUACAGAGGCCAAGAACUCAGCCGACAACUGCCCAGCAGCAAACAUUGACUUCCAGAACAUUGCAAAGAACACCCAUCACCAUAAAAAUGGCCACACCAAGCACAAAUACUUCCCAAGUUUCGCUGGCCCCGAAUUCUGCAAUAGCAAGUCAACUUCAGAAGCAAGCGCAGCUUCAGCAGUUCCAGCAAAUCUGUCUGAAUCAGCCUAACGUUUUGGGAAACAUUAGAAGAAGGUCCAGUACGUCUGAUCCCCAAUAGAUGUGUAACUUUUAAGCAGUCCAGUUUGUACAUUACAUUUUAAACUAGUCUUUAUUUUUUGUAAUUUUCUGAGAGAUGUUGUGAGUACUUGAUUAUUGUUAACUGCCACUUAUGGAGUCACGUCAAAUUUAGAUACAUACUUAAGGAUUCUGUCCCUGAUACAGAGUGUUUCAUUAAUAAUUCUAAGUAAAAAUGAUAAAUAAUACGCUAAAGACUUAUCUGUCUUCACUUACCUGUAGGUUGUUUUAUUAUAUUCAUAGGGCAUUCCAACAUUCUGUAAAAAUUAAGUCAAUAUGGCGACUGGGAGGCAAUCAUAAAAGUUAUUUUGUUACUUCCUAAUGUGUUUUAGAUCAUUUUAGUUACGUUUCUUUGUAAUUUUGUUUUGUACAAGGAUUAAUUUAACAUUUUCAUUGGAAGAAUUAAUGUAAAAAUGUAACAUGCCUCAUUUUUGUUGUGUAUUGAAGUGUAGAAUUCGAAUAAAAUGUGAAAACGUUCAGUUUUAUCGGUUACCAUCAGUGCUACAUGUUAAGCAUAAAACUGAACUAAAUAAGUUAUCAUCUGAGAGACAAAAACAAUGGUUAAAUGCUAUAAAAUGUUCUAUAAAAAUGCUAAAUAACUGACUAUGUCCAUGUUACUUACGCUUGAAAAUUUUUCUCCACUGUAGGUUAAUUCAGACUAGUAGAGGGAAAAUGAAUCUAUAUUAUUUAUUUUGCCAAUCUUUUCCUUAUACCUACUAGCAACAUCUGUAUUGUCUACCAACAACUUUCGAAAAUAUUCACCCAUGUCUAUUUAUUCACUGCUUAAAAUUAAAUAAAGUCUUUCAAGUACUUCUAUAACCAAAAACUACAAAAAAUCAACAACAAAAUGUUCGGAAAAUACAACUAAAAACUAGUAAAGAGGUAAAAAACUUAAGAAACACAAUCCGGUACAACAUAUACAAUGUUUAACAGUUUGACUCCCAGCGGUGUGAUAAACGUCAGCAAAGUCUUGGAAUACCCUAUUCAUUUUAACAUUGACAUUUAUUUGUUAUUGUAAGUACAAACAGCAAAUUUGAUUAAUCGGGCUUUUCAUUCACAGUCAUUUGUUUCGAGCUUCUGUCAUAUGUCGUAUAAUCCGUGUAUAUUUAUAUUAUACACAGAUUAUACAACAUAUGACAGAAGCUCGAAACAAAUGGCAAUCGAUGAAAAUCCCUAUAGUGUGUGCAUGCUAUUUUUCAACAGUUAGUAUGCUACAUCCAUUCUUCUUCUGGUGUGGUCUUGUCUGUCAUAAGACGUCAGCUAUUAUCAUGUCGAUAAUGUCGUGAAACCUUUCUCUAUUAGCAGCUGCUCGAAACAGAUUUCUUCAGUUCAUUGUUGUUACUUUUAUAACAUUUAAGAGUUCUUUUGCUAAGAUACAUAGAGCUAUUUCUGUUGCGUAAUAUGGAUUUCCAAGACAGGAAGGCCUUGCGAUAUCGAUUGGUCAAACUUAAUUGUUGGGAAAGAUAAAAAAUCUAUAGGUCGGAUAGAUCUCGCUAAUGCGUCCGUAAGCAUAUAAUAUUUUAUUAUUUUGCCUAGUGGAACAGCUAGAAUUAGUUCGCUUCGGGAUACACCACAGGCGGUUCUGAAGACGCUGAAAAGCAGAAACCUUGGUCAGCCGAUGGUGGUGGCCCCGAAUCGAAUUAAAUGUAAAGCUGUUUUCCUUAAUUGUUGGGUUUUUCACUAGUGUGUCCGGAUUGUUUUUUAUUUUACAAUCUAUAUGUGCGAAAAAUUGGAUAAAAAUAUAUCUACAAACCUUAUUUAAUUUAAAUUCAAGCCUGUGUGGUUUUUCCAGUUUUACAAUUUUUUGUCUUUUAGAUCUUCUUCGCAUCUUUUUUUAUAACUCUGUGCCUUCUUUGUUUACAUUGAGUUGUAAUUUCAAUACUUUUAAACAACUUUACUAAAUCUGUCUUCUUUUAUCCCAAAUAUUUUUCAACAAUAAUCUUCAAAAUUUCAAAUUUUUGUUGAGACUUUUUGUGUCAACUACUCUCCAGGUUGCACAUACAUUUGUGAUAUCGGGUCUCACUAUAGUUAUGUAUUUUCACGUUUAUUUUGGGAUCAUUUGGUUUUAGUAUUACUUUACAGUGAUGAGUGCGCUAAUAACCGGCAAAAUAAUGCAAAAUAUGUAAAACAUAACACGUUGUGAAAUAAAAAGAGAUGAAACUAGUAGAGGUGCAAAAUUAUCGAUAUUAACCUAUAAAUUUACAUUACAUACGUUCCCACCUUUAGACUUUUCGGAGGAGUAUGACAACUGUCAUUGUGACAGGAGAAUUUUAUAAAAUUCUCCUGUUACAGACGUCUAAAGGUGGGAAACUGUGUAAUGUAAUGUAAAAUAGGUUCCUAUCGAUAAUUUUACAUCCCUGCUAGUUUCAUCUCUUUUUUAUUUCACAACGUAUUAUGUUUUCCAUCUUUUGCGUUAUGCAUUUUGCCGGUUAUUAGCAGAGAUAUGUCAACAAUAGAUCAGGCUAGGGAUAUGCCACUCAAUGCAUCGGGGUGUAACGCCAAUAUCAAGUACGGUGGUCUAGCUAUCUUGUCUGUCGUGCGAGUGUGAGCGUAUCUACCAAGAGGUGGGAGUAAUGGAACGACAGUUACACAGAGGCGGCAGCCAUCAUAUGCUAGAGAGAGAAAACUAAGCGCCGGUAGAGAGAGGUAGAUAGACCACCGACCCAAACAGCUCCGCGUUACGCUCUUUUUCGGACCUGGCCUAAUCUAUUGUGUUAUUAUAUCUAUGGUUAUUAGUGUGCUCAUCACUGUAUUUCCAUUUUUACUGACAUUUCUUUACAAUUUAAAUUUAAUUGUUGAUGAAUACUCUGUAUUGUGUUGUAUUUGAAGUGGCAAAUACUUGUAGAAAAUCUACUACUUGGGAUAUACCGAUUUUUUGGUUCUAAAAUAUUUUAUUAAAUAAUUAUUAAACAUAAUGGUUAAUAUUACUUCCAAGUAAUUUUACUGAAUCGUAUCAAGGGACAUUAGGGGAAUUUUUAUGUAUCCAAAUUUGUCUCCUGGUAUUUUCUUUUGAAAAAAAGAGAUUUGUGAUCUCAAUUUACUGCAUUACAUUGCACAAUUUGACGUUGUUCCUAUGUGUAUAAAUGUAUUGGUGCCAAAAGUACCGUUCAGUGUUUUCCAUAAACAAAUUAAUGUAGAUUGAUGAAUUUCAUUUUGAGUUUUGUCUAAAUUCACUGAUUUGAAAUUUGAACUGGUUGAUAUAUGCACUACUCCCAGAAAUUACCACACCACCUUAAAAUGGGUCAUUUUUGAUGUCUCGAAUUUCCUAAACCUGUUCUCCGAUUUAAGUGAUUUUUUAAUAUGUUUUAGCAUUAUUCUUUAACAAUAUCGUUGUAAUAAUAUUGUUGCUAGAAACAGGUAAAUUGUCAUUAUAUACCGGGUGUACCAAUCAAACAGUGAUUUUUUCUCAAAGUUCGCGUGGACCUGUGGAAUAUUCUAGCAUUUAUAAAAUACUGAAAUUAAAACCCAAUUGUAGCCCCAUGUAUUGUAAACAUUCAUGUUUUUUGAGUCAUUCGCUUUUGUUGGAUAAUAAAAAAGUUAGGUACUUUAACAACAAGCCUGGUUUUUCAUCAAUACAGGAUGUUUUUAAAUAAGGAUGGCAAACUUAAUGACAGUUUGCUUUAUAAACGUAUGUGCAAACGCUUCGUUUUCAAGACCCUGUAUUGACGAAAAACGAGGCUAGUUGUUAGAGUACCUAACUUUUUUAUUAUCCUACAUAAGUGAAUGGAUAAAAAACAGAAUGUUAAGAAAACAUGUGGCUAUAGCUGGGUUUUAAUUUCAGUAUUUUAUAUAUGCUAGAAUAUUCCACAGGGUGUGGUGAACUUUGAGAAAAAAAAAACAGUUUAAUUGGUAUAUCCGGUAUACAAUGACAAUUUACCUGUUAAGUAUCAAUAUUAUUACAGCGAUAUUGCUAUAAAUAAUACUUUACCGUAUUAAAAAAAUCACUUAAAUCGGACAACAAGUUUAGGAAAUUCGAGACAUCAAAAAAUACCCAUUUUUAAAGUGGUGCGUUAAUUUCUUCGAGUAGUGUAGUUGGUUUCUCUUAAACAUAAAUUAAUGAUUCAAUUAAAUGAAAAAAGUACUUUAUAGCAAAUGAAAUGAAAUUAAUAUAAUGAAAUGAAAUAAUAAUAAUAAAGUAAUAAUGUUAAUAAAAUAAUAUAUUAUUGGUUACAAAAUCUUAAUUCAAGAUUGCUGUUGUGUUUAUGUAUAAAGAAAUAAUUUUCUGUUAGUACGACCGAAUUUAUAUUUGUAAACCCCGUAUAUACAUAGACACAGUUACACGAAGAACAAUUUCGAUUAAAAAUUUAUUAAUAAGGCUACUAAAUCAUAAAAUAUUGAAAUAAGUACCUACGUGAAAAUCCAAAAUAUCCUUGAUUAACAUGGGAACGUCAAGAAAUGAAUAUACUACUAAAAGAACUUACAACGUCGCACAUAUUAGUCUACGCCUGAGCUAUUGGUAAGAUUACUGUGACUCUGUUAAAUGAGUUUAGUAUUAAUUACACUAGUGAUGUCGGUUUAAUAUUCUCAAGUAACAGUAGAACAAAUAACAUAAAAUGUUACAUUGUUUUAAUAUUUAUAUUUUAAUGUUAAUAUUUAUUUUUAUAUAAAGAAAAUAAAAAAAUAUAAGAGAAUUUCGUACUUUACUGUGAAAAUCAUUAUUUUUUCAAAAAAAUAUUUUAUUAGAUAGUUUCUUCAAUUAACUUAAUUAUUAUAUUCGUCGAUAGUAUAGGCAUAGGCUAUCGCCAAGGAAUUGUUCCAUCAAGGAAAAUCGCAACAAUAUCUUUCCUUGUCAUUCAAUAUCGCAAUAUUGCUAUUAAAGCAUUGCUAUUAAUACAGCUAUUGCUAUUAAUACAUGCAAAAAGGGAUACCUAAAUCCUUUUUUCCUGUACGAAGUACCUAUGUCUCUAUUUUGCUCAGAAUUGACUAAGACAUAAUUUUUGUCUGUAAAUACAAUUUUCCAAGAAAAUUUAUUCGAAUACAGUGGAACCCCGAUAAGUCGGCCCCCGAUAACCCGGAAGUCCGGCUAACCCGGACCGAUUUUCAUCAGAUAAACAUUUUGAUUUUCAAUAUUUUGUAUUUUUCAAUUUAAUUGUGGCUUAUUUCCAAUCAAAAUAGUUAAUUAUCAGACAAUCCUUUCAACAAUAAAAGUGUAUGUAAUAUAAUAUUUGAGAGAUAAUGUGUCUAGACUCUCUGUGUCGUGUACUUAUGUGUGUAAUUUGAACACGAGAUUAAAAAUUACUCAUAGUACACGCCGCAGAAACAACAGCCAGCUGUCUGUAGUAUCUAUUCCUUUUUAUUUCAAACUGUCAGCAUUGUUUAGGAAAGACUAUUUAAAAAAUUCUUUUAUAAACAAUGGUCUUUAGUAUUGUGUGUCUUGUAUUGUUUGGGUUUGGUGUUUUUUUUAGAAUUGUAAUGAGUAGGUAAUAUGUACUGUGCAUAUUUAUAAAAAUAUUUCAUGUUAUUUCAAUUCUAACGGAGUUUAUCUGUAAGUAUACCGUAUUUUAUUAAUUUUUACCAUAUUCUCCGGCUAUCUCGGAUUUUCGAUAACCCGGAUCGGUCGUGGUCCCGAUUAAUCCGAGUUAUCGAGGUUCCACUGUACUGAUAUAAUCUCUUAUAUUUUUACAAAUACAACAUCUUCUUAUUAGUCCAAUCCGUUCAAUAUAAUAAGUUUUUUUGCGAAGUUAUUCAUGCUUCUGCUAUUUGACUACUGGAACAUGGUUCAUUCGAAUGGCAGCUAAUCUGAAAAUCUCAACGUAGAUGGCGCUAGUGUAGUUGGAGGUCACGUCAACUGUCCAAAUCUAUAUAUUUCUAAGUAAAGAUUGCAUUUAUUUCGCUGUGUAAACUUAAUUUGGGAAAAUAAGAUGCCUCGGGGUUGUCCUAUACCUUUGUGCUCAUCUAGAAUAUCAGGACAAAGAUUUCUUAAAGAUAAUCUGAUGAGAAAAAAGUGGAUUGUAGUAAUAAGGAGAGAUAAAUAUGUGCCGACAAUAAAUGCACGUAUCUGCAAUAAACAUUUUGUUGCAACAGAUUACGUAUUGCCCCUUGAUUCGACUGCAAAAGCAUUAAAUACUACUUAUUUGUCUUUUAUUUUAUUUUAUUAUCUUCUUCUUCUUGAUGUGCCUAUCCGUGACGAAUUUUGACGAUCAUCAUGGCAAUCUUCACUUUAUCUGCAGCAACGCGGAAAGCUGCACAGAUGUUGUGUUGAACCAGGUUCUGAGGUUCUUUAACCAGUAUGUUCUUUUUCUUUCUGGACCUCGUUUUCCAAAUAUUUUUCCUUGCAGGAUGGUUUGUAGGAGGGCAUAUCUGGAUUCAUUUCGCAUAAUGUGUCCAAAGUAUUCCAACUUUCGAGAUUUGAUGGUGGUUAGUAUCUCUAGGUUCUUCCUCAUUCUUCUAAGGACCUCCUCAUAUGUGACCCGAUCAGUCCAUGGGAUUUUAAAAAUUCUCCGAUAUAGCCACAUCUCAAAUGCUUCCAAUUUGCGGCGCAUAUCUUCGUUCAGGUCCAUGAUUCAACACCAUAAAAAAGGACAGAGAAGACGUAGCAUCUAAGCAUUCUUACUUUUAUACCAAGGGAAAGGUGCCUCUUGAAAAAGGCCCCCAUAAGGUUGAAGGUUGAUCUAGCUUUUCCGAUGCGCGCUCUUAUCUCUUGGUUCUGUCUCAUUCUUCAUUAUUUAUUAUGGUGCCGGAAUAAUUAUAGUACCUCACUCUUUCUACAGGGGUUUGGUUGAUGUAGAGUUGAACUUCUUUUAUCUUUUUCCUGCCAAUGAUCAUAAGAUUUUUCUUCUUUACGUUUAUAUUGAGUCCAUAUUGUUGACUGUAAUACGUGAUUUUGUUCAUGAGGACUUGUAGGUCUUCGAGGUUGUCCGCAAACACUAUGGUGUCAUCUGCAUACCUGAUGUUAUUUAGCCGGUACCCGUUUAGUAGAAUACCUUUUCUAGUUUCGUGCAAAGCUUCGAUAAAUAUUCUUUCAGUAGAGUAAAGAUUGAAAAUUAAGGGGGACAAAAUUCAGCCUUGCCUCACUCCACGCAUGAUUUUCACAUAUUCGGUGUGUUCACCGUCAACUCUGAGGUUUGCAGUCUGAUUCCAGCAAAGAUUUCUAAUUAUUCUCAAAUCUUGGUUGUUAAUUCCUGCUUCGGUUAGUAUGUUUGCAUCAUCUUGGCGUACUGUACUCGAUCAAACGCUUUCUCGUAAUCAACCAGACAUGCGUAUACGUCGCUAUUGACGUCUUUUUAUCUCUGGAAAAAGAACUGUAUUGAACACAAAGCCUUUCUCAUAUCAACAGCAUUUAUCAACCCGAACUGGUUGGGCGAAAUUUGACUUUCACACAGCUUGGAAAUUCUUUCAUGGAUUAUCUUUAAGAACAAUUGUAGGAGAUGACUCAUCAGGAUUUUAUUUUUUCAUAUUUCUUACCUAAAUCUGUAGCGCUGGAGUUUAAAGGUCUUAGUUCAAUAGUAAAUUUACAAAGGAUUAAAUUUUUUCCCUCUCUCUCUUAUGUGAAUAACUUUUUUCCAGUAAUUCUUGCAUUUCUUUGCAAUUCGUUUUUCAAUUCACAAACAGUUCAAGAUCCGUAUUUUCUGCCCUAAUUUAUUAAAUCGCAAUAAUUAAAACAAAACUACCAUACAAGCUUAAAGAACUGUCAAAUCGUUGACCCCCAACUACACUAGCUACGCCAAGCGGGAGCAACGGCGUACGUAGCUGCCAUUCAGAUUUUUCGAAUUAUAUAACUGGAAAUGGGUGGAUUUUUAAACGAAAAAUUUAUAGAUUGAAUUGGUAAUAACACUCUCAUGCCUGGUUGCACCAACAAAUCUUUAGCUCAGCUCAGCUUAUAGAUAAGGCCGUUUAAGUUUCACUUACGUUGCACUAUAAUUUUUGAUUCUAAUAUAAACACGUCUUAACUGAGACGAAGUUUUAAGAUGCAAUCCACGUGGCAAUCCAUUGUGACAAGCUGAAAAUUGAUCUAAGACUCAAUAUAUAGGUGUAUACUUCGUAAGCUGAGUGUACACCUAGGCAUUAUUGUAUAUACGCAUCUUUGGCCUACCGCACCCAUAUUUCCGAUAUGAGAGAUGUUCUUUUCUGUCUUAUUUGAAACCAUAGCAUUCAGUAUCAUGUUGAAUAGUGUAUGUUCACUUCUUCACGUUCCUACGCGGUAUGUAUCUGAGUUGAUAAAUCUAAUAAGUUAAAACAUUCGACGUAGUGGUUAUGUACCUACGAAUUAAAUAGCGGUGAAACAUAAUUUCUUGAUAAAAAAUUAGUAAAAUCCUUUAUAAAAGGUAUAUUUUAUUUAAAAAUCCCUUAAAGAGCUACAUUACAGAACUUUUUCGGACUAAAAAGUUCAUCAUCAGUGCUGUUAACAUGAAAUGAGUACAAUCAUUUUUCCGAAAGGAAACGUUGAAUUGAAAUUUUGACUAAGGUUGAAAAAUACAAAUUGGUUAUACUUACAGGGUUUUAACAUGCUUGAGCCACCAAAAUAUAUGGCCAAAAACCCUUUAAAUGUUAUACAAAUGUAGAAAGUUUACAUUUUUAUUUUAAAUUGAUUGAAUUAUUGAAUUGAAUUAAAUUGAAUGAAGAAAUAAUUCUAGAUAUAACAUCAGUCGGCAUCAAUUAAAAAACUAGAAUCAUUCGAGCUGUGGGUGUACAGAAGAAUUCUAAAAUAUCGUGGACAGAACACUUCACAAAAAAAGAGGUUCUGAGAAAGAUUAAUAAAGAAGUGGACCCAUCAAAACAAGAAAAUUAGAAUAUCUCGGACAUAUUACCCGUGGGUACAAUUUGCUCCAAUUGAUCAAGCGGGGAAAGAUUCAAGGAAAAAGAAGCAUAGGGAGACGCAGAAUAUCAUGACUUCGCUACCUGAGAGAAUGGUACGGAUGUACAUCAAAUGAACUUUUCAGAGCAGCCGUCUUUAAAGUCCGAAUAGCCAUGAUGAUUGCCGACUUUCGUCGCGGAGUUGGCACUUAAAGAAGAAGAUAACAUCAGGCAUCACAGGACCCCCACAAAACACGUGGGCUGCUUCUCCGAGGGUAAAUCCUCACAUUACGGACAGUAAGCAGCAACUGAUUUGAAUGACAGUUUGAAGGAUGUUGGAUGAACCAAACCGCCAAUGCAGCUGGAAGUAUUUAUAAGCACAGAAUAACUAACCACAUUAUCGUUAGUUAUUCUGUGGUAUAAGUAUAUAUUGUUAGUCUAGGCAACAAUUUGUUGGGGCUGAAGAUUAAUCUACCCUGAUCAAUUUUUAUACCUUCUUGUAUUUUUCCAAACCUCUGCUGAAUAUUGCUUCAGAGUAUAAAUUAAAUAAUAUAGCAGCCAAUACACAGUCCUGUUAUACUCUAUUAGUAGGUACAUAUUUGUUUAGACAUAUUGCUAUCUGUAUUAAUAGGAAAAAUAUUAGUUCCUAUAAAAAUAAUUUUUAAAAUAUUAGAUUAAUCACUCUACACUUGAAUAAUGGAGUACUUUUUAUGUACAUGAUCUACAUUUCUCUUAUUUUUAACCAAGGGUUCUCCAAUUAAAUUCUAUAAAGCGAUUUUUUUAUUCGACAUUUUAUUAGUGAAUUAGUGAAGUUUCUACUAAGUAACUGACUAAAGUCACUCAAUAAGUGACUAAUUUAAUCAAUGCCCUUUUAGUAUUGCUUCAGUAAUUGGUAAUUUAGGUUUAAAAAGGAUAUGGAUUUUCGUCCUUGCAAAUUCAAAAUGAUAAUUCAUCUCAUUACACCUCUGUCAAUGAGGAAAUCUAUAUAAUGUGUAUUCUGUCUUUCUUUCCAAUCAGUACAAAUUAAUUUAUUAUAUAUCUUGAAUCAUGUAGAACAAUUGUGUGUAUUUGCAACUAUUGCAGUUUUACUUUUUAGCGAACUCGUACAUCAAAGCAAUAUCGUACAGAAAUCGCAUAUAACAUACAUUGCGGAAACAUAUGUAGUGAGCAGGGUUGCCAGGUUAGUUUUUAUUUCUUCAGUAGUUUAGCUUUCAAAAAAUUAGUAGAAAUCAGUAGAUUUUGUAAGCCAUGUAUAAUACAGUAAAACCUGUCUUAACGGCCACCUGUCAAAAUCGGCCACCUGUACCUACUAACGGCCAGUUUCAAAAUUCUCCAAACCAAUUAUAUGUAAAUUCCCUUAUUUAUGACCUGGUAUUUACGGCCACCUUUAUAAUACGGACGCGGCUAAAUAAUCUCAUAUUUUUAAAGCCUUAAUAGAAAUUUCCCUGUUAAGCUUGUCAGGCACAAAGAGCUAAUUAAUUAUUAAUCAUUUCUAAUUAAUAAAUUAAAAAGAAAUUUUAAUUCCAACCUCCAGAAAAACGGAAUCAUGGGAGACCGAUAAAUACAUGGAAGAAAAUAAUUAUUAAAGAAGCAGAAAAGGUCUGCCUAACCUGAAAAGAAGUCAGAGAAAGAUCGGCAAAAUGGAAAAUGACAGUAGAUGCCGUAUGUUCAAGUGGAAACGAAAAGGAUAAGUAAAUUCGUUGGACAAAAUAAUUAAAAUUAUUUACAAACGAAAGUUCCAAGAGUCCGAAGGUAACAUCUUAGAAACAUACAUAUUAUAUUCCCUAUCAAAAAUGGUGCGCCGAUAGUUAUUCUUUCGAAAAUUUCCUAUAUACAUUAUUUAACUGUUCCACAAAAUAUGAAUUUUUCAAAAAAUGCUUGGCCGAAUGUGCUCAAAUUUUGAUGACGACUGAUGCUGCUGAUGGUAUUAUAAAAGUUGUUAAAGAACUUGUAGCAACGAAUAUGAAACUUGUAGAGAAAGCUGGAGAAAAAAUAUUUACACGUAUCAUAUGUUCCGAUCUAGACAAUAUGACAGCUGACAUAUUGAUCAAAAACAAGAGCUUGCUCUAGUAUUCCUAGGUAAUGGGACAUACAUGUCUAAAGGGUGGUUUACAAAACAAUUUAGAUCAAAUUGUAGUUGGCAUAUUGGAUUUUUUAACUGACGAAAAUGACUGAGUCUCAUUUUGGGGAAACCUGUCAUUUUCGUGAAGCAUCUUAGUUCUAUUGAUGUUGGGAAAUGUUUUAAUUUUGUGGAGACAUUUCUUUGUGACAGUGAACCCUUAGCAAACUUUUUAACAGGCUCUAGUCUUUCUAAGUUCGAAAACGUUCUACUUGAACUCAAAUCUAACAUCUACAAAAGCCAAAUCUUCAUGGACAAACUAAAGUAUCUCUAACCUUACAGGUUUUUCGUAAACAUGAUCAUAAGCGAGCUAAAUCCCGACAGCUCAUGGAGAUUCUUUUUUAUAAGGGACGUCAUAAAUAUCUUGUUUAAUAUUAUCGAUAAUAAUAAAGACUACAAGGAUUGAAACCGCAAAUUUCAGAUUUCUAAAUAGCUUUGUGAGACAUGUUUUAAAAUUUUUGACUACCAAAGAUUUCUUUCACGGCACUGUGAGCUCACUGAAAAAGUUUUACGGUACCAGAAGCAGUAUAAAGAAAGAGCGUAAAGAACUGUUGGUAUUUUUGGUAGUAGACAAUGCCAGACAUUUCGAAGAGCAAAUUAAAACUUUGUAUAGCUUCCCUGAUCAUGAGGACCUCUAUGAAAUAUGAAAAGUACCAGCAAAGAUCAAGUAUGGCGACCAGGAUCCAGGCGUGGAGAAGGAAGUCAAACAGUUUUUGAAUCGCAAAGACAUUUUAACCAAAGGAAAAAGUUUGCAUAAUUUUAAAAAAAAAUUUUGUGCGACCAAAAAUUUAAAUUAACGGGACCAUACGAGAAAUUGCAAGAUAUUAGAGGGUUUUCUGAGAAUUGUGAACAAAGUUUGGUGCGUAGAUUGGUCUGCACGCUGUCUCAACUGAGUUAUUUAGCGGAUCAAAAUGUUAGUUUUGAAAAUGCAAGAUAUCUAGGCGAAAUAUGUCUGACCAAUAAAGCUUAACAGGUAAAUUUCUAUAAAGGCUUUAAAAAUAUGAGAUUAUUUGGCCGCCUCCGUAUUAUAAAGGUGGCCGUAAAUACUAGCUCAUAAAUAAGGGAAUCUACAUAUAAUUUGUUGGGAGAAUUUUGAAAAUAGCCGUUAGGACAGGUGGCCGUUAGCACAGGUUUUGCUGUACUAUACAUGGCUUACAAAAUCUACUGAUUUCUACUGUUGUUUUUGAAAGCAAAACUACUGAAGAAAUAAAAACUAACCUGGCAACCCUGCUCACUACAUAUCUUUCCGCAAUGUCUGUUAUAUGCGAUUUCUGUACAAUAUUGCUUUGGUGUACGAGUCCGCUUAAAUUGAUACAUAUUUUUAAACCAUCGAUAUAAUAUAUUGUAUAUAGGUAUUGGGUAAUUUUUUUAAUUUAUUUUUUUCUUUAUUAAAUCACCUCAGUCUAAACGCCUCAUAAAUGUUUAAAAUAUGCUGGUUUCGCUUUUGUGUGUUUACGAUUUUAUACAUCUAAACACAGAGUUAUAUUAUUUUUAUUAAUCCUUUUUCAAUUACAAAGUUGUUGAAAUAAAACAAGAAUAAUAUAAUAGACAACGCAAAAUUUGGAUUUGAAAUCAAAUAUUUUUUAAAAACUUAAAAAUGUACCUACACAUAAAUUUGUAGAUAUUUUGACUAGUAGUAUCACAGACGGUCUUAUUUUAUCAGAUGAUUUUUUAUUUUUUUUUUAGGGAAAUUUAGUCGCUUAGAAACUGGAGCAUUUUUGCUUAAUUCAGAUUGUUUGGGUCUGAAUCUUAGUGGUAAAAUAGACAUUUAUAGAGAAUACAAGCUAUUCGACUUUGCAAGUUCUAGGUUUUCACCCAACGUGACCAAUUUCGAUAUUUGCUGUAUUUGGUACAUAACGUAAAGUAGUACCAGACGUCUGAAACUCAUUUUAAUAUUCAGCUCAGGGAGUGCUACUAUUGGAGGUGUUGAAUUACAUAAACAAGGGAUCUACCUGUUUUAUAAAAUGAUCUCUUGUUUAUAGAAUUUCACACCUCCAACAAUAGCACUCCGCUGAGUUGAAUAUUAAUGAAAUCCACAAGGAAAAGAAAGAAUUUUUCCUGUAGCUGGCUGUAUCACAAAAAUUUAUUGAAAAAUCCUCUGUAAAAUCUAUAAAAUUGAUUAAAAUCCCUUUAAGGGCUACAUCACAGAAAGUUUUCGAUAAUUAAAAAUAUCAUCAUCAGUGUUUAGAACUGGUUGAUCACAAGCUAAGCCACCAAAGAAAUACCACAGUUGCCAUUUAACAGUCUUCAUGUAUAGAUAUAUCUACCAGUUUAGCAACCCACGUGAUAGGGGAGUCAUGCUGUGCCCAAGGGCCUAAUUCUUUAUAAAUGUUAUUCAUCCUAUGGAAUUUUAGCCAAAUAUGCUAAUAUAAUAAAUUUUUAUACCAUUUAAAGAGUUCAUCUGGUAUUUCUUUGGUGGCUCAGUUUCUAAUCAACCAGUUCUAAACACUAAUGAUGGUAUUUUUAAAUAUCGAAAACGUUCUGUGUGUGGCCCUUAAAGGGGUUUUAAUAAAUUUUAUUAUACCUUUUACAAAGGAUUUUUCAUUAAAUUUUUGAAUAUUAAUGAGUAUCUUAGAUAUCUGGUACGGAUAUACAUUAGUUCCUCAGCUAACAGACUGGUAAUUUUGACGGUUGAGAUUAAGUUUUUUUUGCGAAGUCAAUUAUUGUUAAUUUUCUAUCUGUUUGGAUGAUAAUUAUAAUCACUCUCUUCCAGAUAUCGUUAAACAAAAGAAAAAACAGCAUUAUUUUAACAUACUCAAUUUUUUUUGCGACGGCGUGUUGACUUACAUCUUAGAUCAACGAAUAUUUUCCGUGAAAAUUGAUUCAUAAAAUGUAUAGGUGUAUUUUUUAUAUUAUGGAAUCAGUGUGAUAUAUUUUACUAGGUUAAUAUUAUGUUGUGUUGUUUAGUCUUGUUAUUUUUACAAAUGGAGUCAUUAUUAUGAUAAAUGAUUAAGGUGAGAUUAAAAUAUUAAACACUGUCUUUACCAUCACUAACUAAUUCAUAUUUACAAGAAAUGACUGUUAAAUUAUAAAUAAUAAAUUUUUAUAUAAAAAUGAAUAGACGGAGUAUAAUGCAGUAAAUUUAAUUUAAGAUAUAGAUAAUAAAAUAAUUCCAAUCAACAAGUUAUUUUCAUCUACCAUUACCAAGGGUAAGACGUUUUCAAGGUGUGAGACCAAUAUAUAGACAUGGCUAUUGAACGUCAUACAGCACGACAACCAAGUAUAAUGGUAUGGGGUGCUAUAUGCUUAGGACGCAAAUCACCUCUAUUUCUUAUUAACGGCACUUUGACAGCUCGACGAUAUAUUGGUAAAGUACUGCAACGGGUUUUACAUCCCGACCUGCAAAUAAUUCCAAAUGCGAUCUUUCAACAGGAUAAAGCAAGACCUCAUAUUGCCCGUGAAACCAUAGAGUUCGUACGCUGCAAUAGAGGCCGUCAAGAUCAGCUGAUUUGUUAUCCAUCGAACAUGUGUGGGAAAUGGUAGGUCGAAACCUGUGGCAUGCCAUAAGAAGAUUCUGUAUGAGCCUUCAGCAAUAUGAUAUAGACCACUUAAUUCGAUAAAUGCCUCAUAGAGUAACUGAGUAUAUAGAAAAUCAACAGCGACUGCUGGUCGUAUAAUGGUUUUGUAUAUCUGGAUGUUUUCACCUCGUGAGGCAAGUUUUGAUCUCAUUAGAUGUUUCAUUGCAUAGAUCGGUUUUCCGCAAUUAUUCGCGUUUGAGCUUCUAGUUUUACUUUUUUGUCAUUGGUGACUGUUGCUCCUAGAUAUUGUUGCUUUCUAAACUGUUGUGUAAAAUUCAAAAACAGUGGUUGACACCUGAUACUCUCUUGCAAGGUUGAAACGCUAGAACUAUGUUUGAGUCUUUUUCUUUAACAAAAAUAUAACUUUAUUACAUUCUGUCGUGGUAAUAUCGUCCUUGCUAAAGUUCUUCUAGAAGCUAAUAGGUUUUUCACAUUAUGUUUCUCAAAGGCUGCACUCGAAUUGAUUAAUUGUUAAGAAAAUUUUAUAAAAAUCUUACCUAAAAUGCUACAUAAGUUGAAAAUAGGUUAUAAAAAAGAUAAAAUAAAAUUUAUUUAAUAAUUUCAAUACAAUUUAUUUUUUGUUUAAUAAUCACAUCUAAUGUUGGAGCUGGCAUCAAUUUUAUUGCAAAACGAAGAAAUUUUCAAGGAAGGUUAAUUGUCUAUUUUGCUUUCACUCGAAAGAAAGUGAAGAAAACAUUUACGUCUUAACGGGUUUUCCUGUCCUGCGUAUGGAAAAAUAUCUUACGGUUCUUAUAGAAAUUUGUCUUUGUAAAGUGAAUACAGCGUGAAAAAUAUUGAAUAACUCCCAUUAACUCUUUUUUACAUUUUUAUGUUUAAGAAAUUUAUAUUUUCCGUCGAAGAGUUUUUUUUCUGAAGUCUUCUUCAAUUUCCUUUUUCGAUUUCUUAAAAACACGGCCUGUUGAAGGUUCAGACCUCAAGUAUGCUUAAUACGUACUCGAACUAAUUCGCAUGUAACGUAAACUGCAGCAACUGAUGCAAUCGACGGGGGAGCGUCCAAUCGUGAAUUGUUGUGAGUCAUGCUUAUAUUGCAUCGCUCACCCCGAUAAGGUUACUCACUUUAUUUCAUAUAAAGUCCCCCACACGACUCCUUACUGCCCAAAAAAAUGAGCUUAAUAAAGCCAACUCAUACCAGUAAAUACCUUCAAAUAAGUGAAAUCUGCACUCUUCAUUUUUCUUUUUCGAUGUUUAACUUUAGCAAUAGGUACGCAUAAUAAAACAUAUAAUAGCAUGGACACAGAAGAAAAGGAACACGGAAGUAUUGCGAGAAAUGGGCAAAUAAUGCAAAAUAAUAAACACAAUAAAAAUAAGAAAGUUACGAUAUCUGGGACACGUAAUGAGGGGACAGCGAUAUGAAAUGCUAAGACUGAUAAUGCAGGAAAAGAGAAGAGGCUGAAGGAGUAUAGGAAGAAGGAGAGUGUCAUGAUUGAAGAAUUUAAGGGACUGGUUUAAAUGCAGUUCCAUAGAACUCUUCAGAGCAGCAGUAGAUAGAGUAAAUAUAGUGAUGAUGACAUCCAACCUCCGAUUAGGAGACGGCAUUUAAAGAAGAAGAAGAUAAUAAAACAUGAGUAAUGAUAACUUUUAUCUUUUUGGUGCUUUUCCUCAUGUAGAAUUUUGUAUCAUACGAGUUACAAAAUAUGGAUAAAUUUUAUAGCAUGAUUGUUUCUCCAUUUUGACCUUUGUCUAUAAUUUCAUAGACUGAAAAUGAAAACUCUUGUUUGCUCUCGAACUAAUUAUGUGCGAAAAUUGUAUUCUACUAUGUCACAGAUGAUUUUGUAUCGUUUCUUUGUAUACACCAGGUAUCGAACGCUAGCCUUCUGUGUGAUUGUAAGACAGUUUUACCAUGAAUUAUUCGGUAAAACGUAUGUACCGAAUAAUUAUAAAACUAAUAAAACUAGUACCUACAAAGGUUUAUUUAAAUUCAAUAUAUUUUUCAGUUAUCUGUCCAAGGAUAAAGACUACAUCCCUAUAAUUAUUGUUAAAUGAUCGUUAGAUGAUCAAAUGAUUAAAAUGAAAUCGGUUAGAAAAUCACUCUGCUAUAGCUCUUUUUUAUCUGUCUCAUUAUUGUGGUAUUUCAGCCACAAUACAGUUCUAGCUCACUUAGUCAUUUUACAUAAUAAAACUCUUAUAUUAGAACCUUCUAGUAAAAUAAUAUAAAAUAUCUUGUGAGUAGUUUGUAAGUUUACCUACACAGUACCCGGCUAUUUUCUUACAUUUUUUUGCAUUAUUAAGAGAACAUAUUUUUUGUUAAUUUAAUUCAUCACAAAAUAAGUAUGCUACAAAAAUUGCUGUUUUUAAGUAAAAUACCUACUCGGUAACAUAAGCAGAUUUUUUUUAUUUUGUUAAUGUUACCGAUACAGUAAGUUUUGUCUCAAAUUCCGGUUACGUAAGAAAUUGCUCUUGUAUUUACGUCGACGUCUCUUGAACAUGCUGAUCAUGAUUUUUCAGUAGUUUCUCUUAAUUUUUGAAAAUAUUGUUGCUAACCAUAUUCACCCCAUAGUUUUCGGAUUGCUGAUGAUGCGUGUUUCCACUCCGUGUUUGCUUUUCUUGUCCCUGGUUUAUUUUUUACUCCACACCGAACAAAAUAUAUCUGACUCUCCUGACUCAGAUUACUAAAUUUUAUCCCAUAAAUUUGCUUCAUUUUUACCUUUUUAAUUUUUAUUGUGACCCUGACCAUUUAUUUAGAUAUUCCUAUAGUUUUUAUGAUAUGUCACUUGCAAUAUCAAUGUAACUUCAUCUUCUUCAUAUGCUUCCUGUAUUUUCUUUUGAAUGUAUGUUAAACAAGAUAAGAAUCAGUACACAAACCAGCCUGAGACCCCUUUGAAUGUCUGUCAUCUAAAAAUGCGUUUUCAUCCUUAGUGCAGUUUUUUGAUUAUAAUAUAGUAGAGGGAGUUGAUGACUUUGCUAUUUCUCAUAUGUAAGAUAUUUUUUGGGACUUACACACCUCUUCCAGUCUUUUUUAUCCAGGUUGCUUUUUUUCUAUGUGAUUAUAAGCAUAUUAGCGAAUUUUAGUAUUAGUGUCAAAGUCUGCUCCAUAAGUAUGCGUUAGAAAAUCAAAUUAAUUGCAUAAAUUUCGUUUAAGAUAGAUAAGAAAUAGAUCUUUUACAAUAAAGUAAUUAUUUUGAUUUUAAAUUUACAUUAAAAAUUUCCAAAAAAAAACAUGCAAAAGGAACAGAAAAAUUUUAUUACUUAUAUUUUUAUAUUAUAUUACUGAAGUGUUUUUUGUUAUUGGUUCAGCUUUUGUUCAUAGGAGUCGAUAGCACCUUUUAGUAGAGCAAAUUAGUGUAAGUUAGUCAUAAAGUUUAGAGAAAAACCAAUUCUUUUGUUAACACAGAAAGAUUUUCGAAAAAAUAUCAAUUAAAAAAAUGUAGUAUACCUUUAUUAAGAUUGCACCAAACUAAUUUAGAUUUAUUAAGUUAUUUGAUUCAUUGACGCCAUGUCACUUUAUAUUUUUCGUUAGUAUUACUAUUACUAUUGUAAAUUCGAUUGUAUAUUGGACUUUUUGGAAAUUUAAAAGAAAGUAUUAUUUGGCACAAUUCUUUCAACACUUGAUAUUUUUGAUAUACAGUGUGUCUCAAUAUGUUGAAGCAAUAAUGAACACCUUUUUAUGAAGUUUGGGGAGUUUAAACUUAUUUUUCAUGAAAUGUUCUGCCUGAUUUCAAAUUAUAAAGCGCUAAAAUAAAAAAAAAAUUAAUCCUAAAGCGCUCAAACAAAACCCACCUAUUAAAUGAUGUUUAUGUGGAGUUACGAAUAACAUUUGCUUGGGUGGCGUAUGGUUCACUAAGAGACAUAUUUAAGAGCAACAUCUCGAUAGCUAUGAAACGGAAGAUAUUCUUCCUAAUAUGACAUAGAAACUCUCACGCUCACAAAAACAACAGCACUAAAAAUGCGAAUGGCACAAUGGCGCAUGGAAAGAUCAAUUCUCGGCAUGAAAAAAAAAAAGACAAAAGUAGGAACCAAUACUUAAGGAAAUUAACAGGUAUCACUGAUGUCGUCGAACGUGUAGCCAAGCUGAAAUGGCAUUGGGCAGGUUACGUAGCAAGACUAAAGGACUCAAGAUGGACCAGAAAACUAAUUGACUGGCGCCCAAGAGAAGACAAACGCAGCAAAGGACGACCACCAACGAUGUCGCUGGAUGGACGACAUUAAAAGAAUGUCCAAGAAAUGGCAACAAGACGCACAAAACCAUGGAGAGUAGCGAAAAAUGGGAGAGACCUAUGUCCAGCAGUGGACUGAAGAGGUUGCAUGAUGCUGAUGAUAAUGAUGACGUGGAGUUACUCCUAACCUCAGAAAAAAAGUUAUAAAAUAAUAAUAUAAAAAUAAAAAUGUAUUUAAAGGAGACCUUUUCUCUCAUGAAAGCAUUGUGACUUGAUCUGAGGUCUGGCAAAUGACAUAAUCUUUAAAAAAGAAGUUACUAUCAAUGACCAUGGGGCUUUGGAGACCUGUAGAGUCGAAGUCUUAUUUGUGUCUGGAAAAUUCUUGAUACUUCGUUCUGCACUCUAACCGUUCACUCAACUAUUGAGGGGGUUGCUUUCACCAAUUUCACUAAGUGUAUUGGCAUAUUGAAUUCUACCAUGGCUUUGUAUAGUGCGUUUUUGUCUAAGCUGUCAUAGGCACAUCUAAAGUCCACAAACAAGUGGUGAGUAUCAAUUCCAAAUUCAUAUGGUUUUUCCAAAGCUUGUCUUAGAAGGAAUAUUUGAUGAAUAAUUGAUUUUUCUUUGCGAAAUCCACGCUUGUAUUUGACUAUUAUGUUUUCACAAUAUUCCGAUAGUCUAUCAUAAAUAAUCUAGGCCAAUAUUUUGUAGCUCACGUUUAGGAGGAUUCUGUAGUUAUCACAAAUUGUUUGAUCUCCUUUAUUGUGAAUAGGUACAAUUAUAACUACGUUCCAGUUUUCUGGCAGUUUUACCUGCUUCCAAAUCUCUUCUAGUCUACUUAUACAAUAGGUUAGAUUUUUUGCACCGCUUUAAAAGCUCAGAAAUAAUGGCAUCUGCUCUAGGAGCUUUGUUUUCUUUCAAUUUUUAAGGCAGCACAGAAAGUUAAAUUUUGAAAGGUGUUUUUGGUUACCCUACUAAGCGUAUAGUGUUAAAUUUAAAUAUACAUAUUUACAUACCUAAAUGUAGAUUUUAUUUGUGACCUACUUCAUAUUUUUUGGUAACCUUGUAUACGACUGAAAAUAUUUUAUACCUAACCGUUGCAUCUUAGGUUUUAGACCAAGCAGAACUUUAUGAAGAAUAAUAUUUUUUCCAAAAGUUUUCAAAACAAAAAAUUUUAUGUAACAAUUUUAAAUAUGAAAUAUACGUAAAGGGCUUCUUAUUUACUAAACGUAGCUAUUACAAAAUAUUGUUGCAUUCUGCAAUUCUUUCAUUACCAAUUAAAUAAACUUCCUCAAUAACGUAGUAAUUGUUGAAAUAAAUUUACAUAGUUGUGCUUUCUUUUAAAUUCCUUUCAAAAGGACAAAUAUACAAUAGAAAUUAAAUCGAAAAUUAAGAUACUGCGAUCUGCAAACUAAGAAUAUUAGUAUAACUGUCUCCAUGUGGUUUUAAAAUUUGAAAUUGCGUUCAUUCAAAAGAGGGAAUUUGAUAGACAAAUGCUACCGUGUUUUGAAUGAAACCUGCCCUAGUUGUGAGACUGUUUUUUCUUUCAGUGUAUGUGGUAUGGUAUCGUAUAUUUUUCUCCAACAGCUUUUUGUAAAUAUGUACAUAGGCCUUUAUAAAAUGCAUUUUUGCAAUAAUUUUCAACUAAUCCGUUUUAGACUGAUUUUGAGUACUGGCGCUGUCAGAUUCCUAUCAUAGUCAAUACUUUCUAUUUAUUUCAAUCAUAUUCAAGCAAUAAUUUUUAUCAACUAACACAAUUAUGUAAACAAACUUGCAAUAACAAGGCAGCAAAAAUAAUUAUUUUUAAAUAUACACUUAUCUAAGAAAUUAACGCAAUACCUUAACGAAUUUAAUGUCUCGUUAUUUUUGAUGUCUCGAAUUUCCUAAACCUGUUGUCCGAUUUAAGCGAUUUUUAAUAUAUAAUAAUAUCCCUUAUUCUGUAACAAUAUCGCCUUAAUAAUGUUGUUGCUAAACUGUGUUUUUUCGCAAACUUCACUACACCCUAUGGAAUAUUCUAGCAUUUAUAAAAUACUGAAAUUAAAACCCAACUAUAACCUCGGAUUUUCUUAACAUUCUGUUUUUUGAUUAAGUCGCUUAUAUUGGAUAAUAAAAAAGUUAGUUACUUUAACAACUAGCCAUGUUUUUCAUCAAUACAGGGGGUUUUACAUAAAAAAUAAUGAUAGUUUGCUUUAUAAACAUAAUAUGUCCGCAAAUGCUUCGUUUCCGAACUACGGGUAUCAUGUAAUAUGACCCGUAUGCGCGCCCAUGAAAAAUAUAAAAUUUUUAAUUGUAAGUAAAAAAAUGCGAAGUAACUGCCUCUUAAAACCUACCAAAUUUCAUUUGCAUAUCGCAACCGGUUUUAGAGCAAUAAAUCAAUCUCCAGCUUGUAAAAAAACAUUCAACAUCCCGUAUCUCGAAAAGGGAACAUUUGCGGACAUAUGUACGUUUAUAAAGCAAACUGUCAUUAUUUUUUCAUGUUUGUCUCACCCCUUGAAGUUUGUCGCACUUAUUUAGAAACAUCCUGUAUUGAUGAAGAACAUGGCUAGUUGUUAAAGUACCUAACUUUUUAUUAUCCAACAUAAGCGAAUGAAUCAAAAAACAGAAUGUUAAGAAAACCUGAAGCGAUAGUUGGGUUUUAAUUUCAGUAUUUUGUAAAUACUAGAAUAUUCCACAGGAUGUGGUGAACUUUGAGAAAAAAAAAACAGUUUGAUUGGUACAUCCGGUAUACAAUGACAAUAUACCUGUCUAGCAACAAUAUUAUUACGGCGAUAUUGUUAAAGAAUAAGGCUAUACCAUAUUAAAAAAAUCACACAAUCUGACAACAGGUUUAGGAAAUUCGAGACAUUAAAAAUUACCAAUUUUUAAGAUGGUGCGUCAAUUUCUUGGAGAAGUGUAUUUGAAUUUAUGUAAAAAUAUUAAAUGAAUGCGAAGAGUAUCAGAAUUGAAUUUCUGAUAAAAUUCACGGAUUUGUAGAAAUUUGCAAAGCAUGAAGUAUCUAAUGUAUUUUCUGAUCGUAUAAUCAGAUUUGAAAUUUUAUUUGGUAACAUAGGCGCAUUCAUUAAAAAUCUAGCUAUGUUCAAAUUUUUAUUGAACAUUGUAGACAGGAUGUGACAAGUGUUACGUACAGUAUUUUAAGAUUUAAAACGUUUAACAUUUAACUAUUAAAAAUAAAUUCUGCUUUAUUUAGGCAUAGUUGCUUGUCUGUCGGAUUGUUCCUCGGUUUCAUAUGGCCAUAUGCUAGCCAUUGUUUUUUGUCAUUCAUUGUUUUUUAUAGUUGAUCUCCCUUCAUUAGGUGGUUUGUCUCUCAGUAUUUUUUAUAACUCUAUUUACUGACAUGCGAUUUAUCUGCCGAAUACGUUUAUUUUUUUCAUCUUUGGUCAAUUUGCCAACUCCUUCAAUUUUGCAUAUAUGUUUAGUAUCUUCAUUCCGUGCUCAAACUCUUUAAUAUUUUAUAAGGACCGCAAGCUUAGCGGCCUGCGUUUUGUCAAAGUUGUCAAACCUUGUUUGUUGUAUAUAUUUCCAGUUUUGUCUGUAAUUGCUUGUUCCUGACGUUUCGUCUACAACUGCUGCAGACAUUAUCAGAUACGAUGCAGGAGCGGACGUGGAUGUAACCUUACAUCGGUCUCAUCAUGAAACACUGACGAUCUUCGAGUACCUAUCUGCGAUACUACAACUGUGCCUCCCAGCAUCUAUCGCUUCUCCUUCUAUUCCAUGGAACAUAGUGUAAGACCUCUUUUGGCCAUCGUCCGUCUUUCAUUCACAUUACAUGCGCGUACCAUAAAAGUUGUAAGUAUUCUAUUGUACGGUAUUUCAUUUGGGAUAUUUCUUUCUUUCAAUCUUCUGGAAUAUUUUCUUCUUAGAUUAGACAUUAUAAAGAUCUCCGUCAACAAUUCUAUUAGUAUGGACGGUGAGAGUUUUAUACAUUCAAUGGGGAUGUUUCUAGAUCCUGUGGUUUUCCCGUUUUUUAUUUUAUUUAAGGUUCGUCUUAUCUCGUCCACACUGAUCGGUUGUACUUCGUCUAUUUGAUCUGUUCUGAAGUCUCAGUAUGGUCUUGCAUCUCCCUAUUCCUUUAUGAUCAUUUUUGAGGUUUUCUAUAAAUAUGUUCUUAAAUAUUAAAAUUCUAAUAUACUGCUUAUUAUUUGGGUACCUACCCAAUUUUUAUUUUUUUGCUUUUUUUUAGUUUUGGCAUAGUUUUACCUCUUUUUAGAUUUCUAUAUUUUUAUAUUGUCUUUUAAUUUAUCUGUACAGUUAGUUCAGUUUUAAUACUGAAGUUAAGGAUUAUGCCAGAUAAGUCAGUUGCCAGUAAAACGUUUCGAUUUACUGUUUUUAUUGGUAAUUAAGCCACAACUCUACUUUAAAAUAAGUUUAUUUUGACGCUUCGACUUCCACUUCGGAAAUCGUUUUGAAAAUAUACAACAUCAACAAACGUUUUAAGUUAUUAAUCACAAUAUUGGCAAACAUUUUUAAAAAAUGUCAUACAGUUAACAUUUUAAGAGAUGGUUGAAAAUCUUUUUAAAUGCUUGUAAGAAAAUAUAGUUACAUCUUUCUUUCGGUGUCAUUAUGUACAAAAAGUCAGGGAAUUUAGUUCCAUGAUGUUUUGUAUAUAAAUCACUUGGUUGAUUAAAUUCGAAGUAUUGCUUGAAGAAAGACACAAAUAGAAAUAUGUUAGUGUGCAAAGAAAGAGUUUGAUUAAGGAAUUAAGUGGUUAAAUUUUGGUCUGACUAAUAAGCUUGUAAAAAGAUGUAAAAUAUUAGAAAUACGAAACAAAUUUGUAAUUAAGUGGUGCAUUGUAGUAUUUUUGUAUAAUUGUAUAUUAUUUUGAAAAUAAUUGUAUAUAAAUCAUUUAAUUAUUUUUUGCAAUAUCAACUCUUAAUAUUUUGAUUUUGAUGUUAAUAUUGUUUUCUAUGAUUAAUCAAUUAAUUUAUACCUCCCCCAACAAACAGUACAUAUUGUAUAAAUGUAAAGACAAUAGUUUUAACUUUGAUUCUUGUGUGGUCGUUCUAGCGGAGAUAUAGUACUGAAAAUGACGAGUUUUUUCGAAUGACCACUUUUUUAUAAAAUAAAGAGAUAAUAAAUACCUGUUGAUAACUAUUUAAUAAAUAGUAAACAUUUUUUUAA